CUCUCUCUCUCCCCGUUCCUCCCUCCCUGUUCUCUCUCUCUCUCUCUCUCUCCCCCUGUCCCACCCCUCCCUAUUCUCUCUUUCACCCCCUGUUUCCCCUCUCCCCGUCCUCUCUCCACCUCACUGUUCCCCCCACACCCACAGGGCUGGGAGUGUCAGUUCUGCACCUACCUCAACCUGAACUCGAGCCAGAUCUGUGAGGUGUGUGAGCAGGCUAACGCCCGCACUGGGCAGGGCCAGGCGGUGCCGGCUGGGACUAGCCCCCGCCCCAAGCAGCAGAGGCUGGAGGAACGUCUGGGGACCACGCCGCCAGGAGGUGGGUCAGUGGGGGGCGGACCAGGCCAGGCAGGAGGAGAUGCGAGCGGCGGGACUGCGCCUGGUGGAGAUGAUCCGGAUGGGUGAGGAACAGCUGGUGAGUCCCGAAGAGGUGUGCUGUGCUCUCCGUAGCUCAGGGGUGGAAGAUCCGCUGGCCUGGCUGCAGACAGAGCUUCCCCAGAUGCUGGACAGCAUCGCCGACCUGGCAUCGCAGAAGGGCCAGGCCAUGCCCGAGAAUGAGGUGGGCCCCAUCACCAGGGAUGAGGCCCGACAGGCCUGGCUGCUCAGCGGGGGAGACUUCGAGGAGGCAGUGGGCGAGUGUGUGAGAACCCGGGCCAGGAAGUUUCGGGAGAUCCGGGCUAUGGGCUUCUCUGAGCAGCAGGAGGUGCUCCAAGCUCUCUACAUGAACAGGGGUGAUGUGGACAAGGCUGUCAUUGACCUGCAACGCCAGCUCCUCCAAACCUUUCACAGCCACAUCUGGCAGGACACCGAGGUGCCCAUUCAGCUGGACCAGCUGGACCGACAGAGGACACUGCGUCAGAUCCUGGCCACCUACAACCUGCCGAGUUGGGGCCGAGCGGAGAUCGUUCUGAGCCUGAUGCAGGAGGGCCGCGACCACUACCAGAUCCACGAUGUGGUGGAGGCCGUCAAGGAGACCCAGGACAAGGAGUUCAUCAAGAAGAGCAUGCUGUCCCUGACCUGCCUGGUCUGCCUGUCGCUGUUCCCUCGCAGCAAG